GCGCUCCCUGCGCUUCGAGUGGGGCCGCGCAGGCAAAGACAAGGCCACAGCUCUGGGAUCUUCACGGCGCGGGCGGGCGCGGGCGGGCGGCCCAGCCGGGCGGUGGCAGAUGCACCCGGCAGUGGCAGCCGCCGGAGGCGCACAGGUGACCGGCCUGAGGCACAGCCUGAUCAGGGGGUGCCCGGGGAGAGCUGGCUGGAGAGGGAGGCCGAUCCGCCCCCAGCGCGCGCGCGUCUCGGCGCCAGGAACCGUCCCGGAGUGUGUUGGCGAGCACUGAUAUAGAUAUAAGGACAUUUCUCUCCAUGGCGUCACGUGACAUAAUUACCACCAGAAUCAAUCAAGAUGAAUAGCACGUCAGCUCCCGGUGGGGAUUUUUGCUUAGUUGAUCCUGGCCCAAGCCUCUUGUGCAAUCGAUGGCUCAGGUUGGCGGCGCGGGGAGCGGCCCGGGGCUCGCCGGCGCGCACGCCGCGGAGCCAUGAACGACUUUGACGAGUGCGGCCCGAGCGCAGCCAGCAUGUACUUGCCCGGCUGCGCCUACUAUGUGGCCCCGUCGGACUUCGCCAGCAAGCCGUCGUUCCUGUCACAACCGUCGUCCUGCCAGAUGACUUUCCCCUACUCUUCCAACCUGGCGCCGCACGUCCAGCCCGUGCGCGAAGUGGCCUUCCGCGACUACGGCCUGGAGCGCGCCAAGUGGCCAUACCGCGGCGGCGGCGGAGGCGGUGCAGGGGGCGGCGGCGGCGGCGGCGGCGGCCCCGGCGGGGGCGGCAGCGGCGGCGCCGGUAGCUACGCUCCCUACUACGCUGCAGCGGCGGCGGCGGCGGCGGCGGCGGCGGCGGCGGCCGAGGAGGCGGCCAUGCAGCGUGAGCUGCUCCCGCCCGCGGGCCGCCGUCCGGAUGUGCUCUUCAAGGCGCCGGAGCCGGUGUGCGCCGCGCCCGGGCCGCCACACGGCCCCGCGGGCGCCGCCUCCAAUUUCUACAGCGCCGUGGGCCGCAACGGCAUCCUGCCGCAGGGCUUCGACCAGUUCUACGAGGCUGCACCCGGGCCCCCGUUCGCCGGACCGCAGCCCCCUCCGCCGCCCGCGCCGCCGCAGCCCGAGGGCGCCGCCGACAAGAGCAACCACAAGACGGCGGCCAGUGGCGGUGGAGGAAGUCCCUGCGCCAAGACGACCCCCGGCUCGGAGCCCAAGGGGGCGGCAGAGGGCGGCGACGGCGAGGUGCCCUCGGGGGAGGCGGGGGCUGAGAAGAGCGGCGGCGCAGUGGCUCCCCAGCGAUCCCGAAAAAAGCGCUGUCCCUACACCAAGUAUCAGAUCCGCGAACUGGAACGGGAGUUUUUCUUUAACGUGUACAUAAACAAAGAGAAAAGACUCCAACUUUCUCGGAUGCUCAACCUCACUGACCGGCAAGUCAAAAUCUGGUUCCAGAAUCGCAGAAUGAAAGAAAAGAAAUUGAACAGAGACCGUCUGCAGUAUUUCACUGGAAACCCCUUAUUUUGAGAGCUCCAGGAAGCACCCCUCUCCCCUGAGCCCCACUCACCCACUCUCCUCCCCACCAGCCUGCCCUGGGCAGGCCCAAUGUCCUUGGGUUUAAUGACGCCUCUUCUCUGUGGAGCGCCACGAUUCCUUCCCACGGUCAACUCGGGACCUCCCAGCGACCACUGCAGCCUGCGGACGAGGUCGGGGACUUGGCCGAACGGAUCCUAAUAAGGGGAAAAUGGUAAAUGCAAACGUCCCUUUACAAUUUUACCGCCAAUGCGCUGUUGUUCUCCCUCCCUCUCUCUGAGCUCCCGUGGGCACGCUGUGGGAUCUGUAGAGAGUUAGGCCGAGGGGCUGGAAGGCGCUUGUUUUUGUUCUGAGUUUAAGGGACCGCAUCCCUUCCCCUUGGUGAAUGCAGAUUAUUUAAACUCUGGGGAAUGUACCUUUGGUCUGUCGUAUCAAGGCAUGGGUCACUGUCUUUUGUGUGAAUAAAUGGUUUCUAGUAAAAUGGA